AUGAGCGAGUCGCGUACUUUCUGGUAUUGCAUCCAGUCACUUUAUUGGCCCGAUUACUGUGACGUCCUACUCAUUGUGUUUUCGGCCACUGGACUCUUGCUGAACACUGCCGUAGCCGUCCUCCUAUUUCUCCUGAGAGGACCUUCAAAGACGAGUUUGGCGCUCCUACGAGGUCUAGUUGUGUCCUGUGCGAUGGCCUGUCUAGUCAACUUUAUUGAAAACACAACACCGAAGAUGGAGAAAACAUCCAGCUACCAUUUCAACCGCCUCGUCUGCAUUUUCUGGGUCAGUCGAUUCCUCUACUGGAUCUUCGUAGUCAUUGCAUCCCAAUUUCUCUUCUUCUUUGCUGUCUAUCGUCUGCUUGACUUGACCGGUGCUGACGGCUACAAGAUUCCAUCUGUAGAAUAUCGCAUACCGACGUACGCCACUACAAUCGUCGUCUUCAGCGUCAUUAUAACCUCACCGCAGACCUUCUCGGUGAACCUGGUGAACGAUGACUGUAACUGCUCCAGUCGCAAGAUCAAUAUUCCACUCCUAUCACUGAUAUAUGCACAAGUCUACGUCUGGAUUGCAAUUCUGAUUGUUUUCGAUGGCACUGUCCUCACUUACAUUGGUUUUCGUCUUUGGCGUUCGCACAGCACACCGACAGAGUUUAAACGAGAAGACAAGAUGGAACAGCUGCAUUUUUACAACACUGCCUUCACUGAGAUCAACAUGUCUGGCAGUACUGCUGUCUGCAACUCGAGCUGGAUAACAGGCUCCAUGUGCGUCAUUCCUCUGUCCAUCAGUUAUCUGGUACUGUUCUCCUAUGAUCAGAUCUACCAGUUCGCCAGCGCAGUCGACCUGCUUACGUAUGCCAUAGGGACUCGAGUUCAGAAAUUUGGCGGUCUCUUGAUCGUCCUACAUUGCGCCAUUGUUCCCAUCAUUGUGAUCAUCUUUAUUCGUCCUCUACGAUUGGGUGUGGUAAAAUACUGGAGAAUGUUGAUCAGUGUGUGA